AUGGGUUUUUACUUGCCAACCGAAUGCCUUCAGAAGAUUUUAUCUUAUAUCGAUGAAGAAGACAUUUCGACUCAAUACUCUUGCCUGUUAGUCAACAGGAUAUGGCAUGAUAAUACACUCCCAAUUCUUUGGAGAAGACCGUUUGCUUAUGUCAAACCAAAAUAUUCCCAUAAAGUUCUACAUGAAUUGCUUUUAUUACUCCCAAAUGAGGUGAAAAAGAAGCUGGGAUUACUUAUGAUCAACCUUAAACCGAUAAAUAACUACGCACGGUUCAUCCGCGACAUCGAUUAUUUGCAUUUGGUUGUAGCUGUCGAUACUUGGUGGUCAUCCGACUUGCGAAAUGAGUUUGUGAACAACUUGCUUCUUCCCAAUGGAUCUAAAGUACGGCCAGAUAGUCCCAUGCCUCCAGCACCAUACUUUUGCGACGUAGAGACAUUCUCUGCAUGUUAUUUGCAAGCAACAACGGCUCUGGAAAGGGAGAAGUUUAUAUGCGAACUGUGUAAAUUAAUUCUUAGUCAGGCUAAUCGGAUUGAUCGAUUAGCGCUAGAUUUGGAGAAGUUGAGUGAUGAUUAUGUUAACAAUGUUGUGGAAAUCCCAAGAAUGCCCGAAGCCCAGAUAUCAUUGGCGAAUAUUCGUGAGUUUGUAUGCAAGGGCCACUUUCCUAAAGAACACGUCUUUCGCGAAAUGGCAAAGUAUUGUCUGAACAUCGAUAGCCUAGAAGUCGGCAAUCGUCUCAGAUGGGAUCGUCCUAGGUGGAGUGCCGCCAAUGAGACUUGUAGUGCAUUGGCGCAACUGAUCUCGGUACAACGAAAAUUGAGAAAGUUUGUAUUAAUUGAGUGGAAGAUCAAGGAUCUCGAACUAUUCAACGCACUGAAAACACAGUCGGAAUCGCUAAAGCACUUUGAAAUGUACAAGAGUAGUAUAAGUAAUUGUGGUCCAUUGACUGCCUUGAGCAAGUGUUGUAACUUGGAGAUAUUUAAGAUGGACGCAUGCUUUGGGACAACGAGCAUUCAUAUGAAACCGUUGACUUAUCGUGCUUUCCCCAAGCUGAGACAUUUUACAUAUAUUGACACCAUAUACCCAGACGUUCCUGAAUUCGACAAUGAAUGGGAUCCCCCGGUUGAAGAGUUUGCAGCUAUAAUGAGCAAUGCAGGACAAUACCUGGUCGAAGUGACGCUAGGGAUGGAUAAGAAGAAUUAUCCAGUAAUAUUCAAGACACUGUCACAAUUCUGUCCAAAUGUCAAGAAAUAUGUAGCAGUAAUAGAAUGGGCAUCAGAUAUAAUGCAUUUAAUGCCCGGCAUCGCUUCUUCAUGUCCUAAUCUUGAGGAAUUAUCCAUCGAAGUCCUUAUGAAGACGUUUCAUCCCUCCGAAGAACUGAUCAAUUUGGUUGGGACACUGCCUUCCUCUUUACAAUACUUCCGCAUAAAUGCGUGUGCUGAAUUCUUUGGCGAGGACUUGACGACGUUUAUGAACAAGUGUCCCCCUAAGCUCAAGGAGUUCACAUGGUUGACUUCAUGCACUUCGUGCGAGCGUUAUAUGCAAUUGUCACAUGAGAGGUUUAAGGAGUAUAAAGUGUCUCUAUCUUCAGAGGGCGAACGUCGACAUCAUUUGAUUCUCAAAAGUGUAAAUUAG